UAUUGCUCUGCUAGUCGCUGGUUGUCAUCUCAUCACUUCCCACCUAAAUUCUGUAAUCUUGAUUAUAUCACCACUACAAUAAUGGAUAGUUUUGGAAGAGAAGACCGUCGACGAGGCAGGAGAGACCGCAGUCCUGAUGAUCAUUAUGAAUCAAAACGCAUUCGUCGUUCAUUAUCUCCUCGUAAUGGCAGCGAUCACCGUAGUGGCUAUGGCGGCCAAGACAUGUUAUAUGACAGAGAUCAGCGAUAUCGAGGUCAUCAACAACCACAGUUGGAUUCCAGACCGGAUCCAAGCAAACUGGACUAUGUUGUGCCCUAUUCUCACUUUGCCGAGUUCACUCGUGGUGUAUACAAUCGUACUCAUGGUCGUGGUGCUCCCCUUACCCAGGAGGAUCUGGAUCUAAAGUACGACGAAUACAAGGAAGCAUUCGCUAGGAAACAUAAUGAUAAAUUGUUCAAGACACACAAAGACGAUGAAUGGUUUAGAGAAAAAUACCACCCAGUCGAAUCGUUGGUAUUCAAGGCUGAUGUCUACAAACGACGUGCUGAAUUGCAAUCCAGAUUCGCUGUCAUGCUGUCUGAAGGAAAAUUUGAUUUGUUGUGCUUUGAUGACCUUGCUUCUACAGAUCUAAGAGCUACAAUGGGUGCUACUGACGCUAAAAUGGUCGAUGCUACGCCAAACUCUCCGUCAAAGCAAGAACCAAGUCCAUCUGACAUGAAAACAGACGACGAUGCUACAGAUACAAACGGACAAGUAAAGAUUGAUGCAUCUCAGAUGGACACUGAAAAAAGCAUGGUUGAUAAUGCUAUGGAGGCCAAACCCGUUGCUCAAAAUACAGUCAUGGCUGAAAAUACACUUGUAGAUCUGAUCCAAGAUCCUUCACUAUUUAUCAAAGGAAUCUCAUUGUCUACAAAACGUAGUGACAUUAUUGAGAUAUGUCAAAAGGUCGAAGGCUUUAAGCAUCUGGUGCUAACAGAUCCCAGAGUAGACAAAAAAAUGUCCAGACUUGGUUGGAUUGUAUUUGACGAAACUGUUGAUCUUACACAGGCACUUGCAACUCUUGACAACACUCCUGUUGGAGAACAAACUCUUCAUUUGGCAAUCAGUCAACCCCUUACUAGACGCCAAUACACGCUUCCUACAGAGGUCUCUCGUCCCGAACGACUAUUAAUUGAUCUUGACCAAGCAAAAAAACUAGCAGCUUUGCUAGAUACUGAAUGCGGGCUAUCUGUCGAUACUGGCUCUGCAUCACUUGAAGCGUACUUGGACGCCAAACUUGGUCCAUUUGAGGCUUAUACCAAGACUGAGACACUAGCAGAUGAGGACGCGCCAGCUGAAGACGAAGCGGAUGGUGUUGUGGUAGAAGAAACUGGAAAACUACAAAUUGAGUCUAUCAAGCGUAGAUUGGAUCUAUACAUUGAGUACAUGCGCCAAGUGCAUAAUUUUGACUACUACUCGGGCGUUGAAGCUGUUGCGCCUGAAGAUUUUUCUAGACGAUGCAUGGUUCAACUGAGACGUGCUUAUGUUGCUUCAGAAGAUAAAACGGUUGAAGUAAGUGCCGGUGGACCAACUACAUGGGCCGCUCGUCGUGAUGGUUUUAUUACCAAGCUUGACCAGCGUGUGCAGAUUCGAUUGGCACCUCCCACAGAAGGACCUCUUUUUACAAAAAUGGGUGGAAAACCUGUUGAAGAAAACGUGGAGGCCUUUUUGGGGACUCGGAUCAGCAAAGAAAGUGACAGCAAGUUUCGAUGCACUUUAUGCAGUAAACUUUUCAAAGGGGAUGAUUUUGCUCGUAAGCAUUUUCGCGGUAAACAUGGCUCAAAUGUAGAUGAAGUAAUUGCUGAUCUCACCUAUUACAACAAUUUUGCGCUGGACUUUAACAAGUUGGAUACGAGUCGUCAAGGAAUGAAUGCUGCUGGUAUGGUUGGUGCGUCUUUAGGGGCUGGCACAAAUUCUUCUGGUGCCGGAUGGUCUGCUGGUUUGACUACAAAUGCUGGUGGUAACGCUGGAAACUGGAAUAGUUUAUAUGGCGGAGAUCGUAGUGGGAAUGCUGAUCAGGAGCGUGAUCGUCGUGGUAGAAACCGUCGUGAAUACAGUCGAGGGAAUGCCGGAAUGGAUUUUCCUCGCGAUGAAUUUGGUCGUCGAGCAGAUUAUGCUACUGAUGUAGGAAGGCAUAUGGGACGUCGCCAAGAUCCAAGAUCGCGUCUACUUCCACCGCCUACUGGAAGAAGGAUGGACCCAAGACAGAUUCGUACCUAUCACGACUUGGAUGCACCUGCAGGUGGUGACAUUGAAUUGAAAUACGAUUGAAAUAGCAACUCUUGUGACCAAAAUUUUAAACAAAAAAUCAAAUACUUUUACCAACUCGGC